GUGUGCCCCGCUGAGGGGGAGGGGCGGGCCAGGGGUGGGGGCGGAGGGGUUGUGGUUCCACUGCAGCGGGGGCUCCUGUGUCCUUGUGCGGAAAUGACACACGGAGUCCCGUCACGUCACGCGAGAGCGCAGCGCACGGACACACACAAAGAGAGGGGAAAAUACACGGCGCCCUCCCGCCGCCCCCAGCAACUCCCCGGGCCGCCCCGGCCAGGCCCUCCGCGCGCGGCCCCCACUCCCCGGCCCCGCGCUCCCCCACCCCCCCACGUGGCGCCCAAACUCGGCGCGGGCCCGCUCUGCAAAGUACACAACUCGCGUCCCAGUGGAAUAGAAGAUGAACUCAACUGAAUUCAGUGAAGAUGUAGAAGAAGUUCUAAAAAAUAACACUGUGAAAGUGGAGACAGAGGCCGAAGAUGCUGCCCUGGACUGCUCGGUGAGCUCCAGGUCUUCCGAGAAGCACCCUCUGGACUGCGUCUUCACUGCCCUCCAGGAUUCCAGCAAGCGAAAGCAGCUGGGCGGCGAUGGCCAGCCUGACUCUGUCCCCGGCGUGAAGAGGCGGCGGCUGAUUCCCGAGGCCCUCCUCGCAGGCAUGCGGAACCGUGAGAACAGCUCGCCCUGCCAGGGCAAUGGGGAGCAGGCCGGCAGGGGCAAGAACCUGGGCUCCACAUGGCCUGGCGAGGAGGAGCCCUGCGGUGACAUGAGCACCCCGUCCUACAAGAAGCCCCUGUACGGCAUCUCACACAAGAUCAUGGAGAAGAAGAACCCUCCCGCUGGCGACCUGCUGGGCACGUAUGAGCUCUUUGACAAGGCCAACUCCAGCAACAGCCCCUCACCCCUGCGGCUCCUGAAUGAGCCGCAGAAGCGGGACUGCGGCAGCACCGGGGCAGCAGCCACUGCCGACGGGGACCCCAACAUCUACUUUCUGAUCCAGAAGAUGUUCUAUAUGCUUAACACACUCUCUUCCAACAUGUCUCAGCUGCACAGCAAGGUGGACCUGCUCUCCCUGGAGGUGAGCCGUAUUAAGAAACAGGUGAGCCCCACUGAGCUGGUGGCCAAGUUCCAGCCGCCCCCCGAGUACCAGCUCACGGCGGCGGAGCUCAAGCAGAUCGUGGACCAGAGCCUGUCGGGUGGCGACCUGGCCUGCCGCCUGCUGGUGCAGCUCUUCCCCGAGCUCUUCAGCGAUGUGGACUUCUCCCGCGGCUGCAGCGCAUGCGGCUUUGCAGCCAAGCGCAAGCUGGAGUCGCUGCACCUGCAGCUUAUCCGCGACUAUGUGGAGGUCUACUACCCGUCGGUGAGGGACACGGCUGUGUGGCAGGCCGAGUGUCUGCCGCAGCUAAACGACUUCUUUAGCCGCUUCUGGGCGCAGCGGGAGAUGGAGGACAGCCAGCCCAGCGGCCAGGUGGCCAGCUUCUUCGAGGCGGAGCAGGUAGAUGCCAGCCACUUCCUGGACAACAAGGACCAGGAGGAGGCCCUGUCCCUGGACCGGAGCAGCACCAUCGCCUCAGACCACGUGGUGGACACGCAGGACCUCACCGAGUUCCUGGACGAAGCCUCCUCCCCUGGCGAGUUCGCCGUCUUCCUCCUGCACCGGCUCUUCCCCGAGCUCUUCGACCACCGGAAGCUGGGUGAGCAGUACAGCUGCUACGGGGACGGCGGCAAGCAGGAGCUGGACCCGCAGCGGCUGCGGAUCAUCCGCAACUACACGGAGAUCUACUUCCCUGACGUGCAGGAGGAGGAGGCCUGGCUGCAGCAGUGCGCCCAGCGCCUCAACGACGAGCUCGAGGGCCUGGCGCUGGACGGGGGCAGUGAGGGUGAGCCGGCGCGCGACGACUGCUAUGACUCCUCCAGCCUGCCCGACGACAUCUCCGUGGUCAAGGUGGAAGACAGCUUCGAGGGCGAGCGGCCCGGCCGGCGGUCCAAGAAGAUCUGGCUGGUGCCCAUCGACUUCGACAAGCUGGAGAUCCCGCAGCCCGACUUCGAGGUGCCGGGCACGGAGUGCCUGCUCAGCAAGGAGCAGCUGCGCAGCAUCUACGAGAGCAGUCUGUCCAUCGGCAACUUCGCCUCGCGCCUGCUGGUGCACCUCUUCCCCGAGCUCUUCACGCACGAGAACCUGCGCAAGCAGUACAACUGCAGCGGCUCCCUGGGCAAGAAGCAGCUGGACCCGUCCCGCAUCAAGCUCAUCCGCCACUACGUGCAGCUGCUCUACCCGCGCGCCAAGAACGACCGCGUCUGGACGCUGGAGUUCGUGGGCAAGCUGGACGAGCGCUGCCGGCGCCGCGACACGGAGCAGCGGCGCUCCUACCAGCAGCAGCGCAAGGUGCACGUGCCGGGCCCCGAGUGCAGGGACCUGACGAGCUACGCCGUCAACCCCGAGCGGUUCCGAGAGGAGUUCGAGGGGCCCCCGCUGCCCCCCGAAAGGAGCAGCAAGGACUUCUGCAAGAUCCCCCUGGACGAGCUGGUGGUCCCCUCGCCCGACUUCCCGGUGCCUCCGCCGUACCUGCUGUCCGACAAGGAGGUGCGUGAGAUCGUGCAGCAGAGCCUGUCGGUGGGCAACUUCGCCGCGCGGCUCCUGGUCAGGCUCUUCCCGGAACUCUUCACGGCCGAGAACCUCCGGCUGCAGUACAACCACUCCGGCGCCUGCAACAAGAAGCAGCUGGACCCCACGCGGCUGCGGCUCAUCCGCCACUACGUGGAGGCCGUGUACCCGGUGGAGAAGAUGGAGGAGGUGUGGCACUACGAGUGCAUCCCGAGCAUCGACGAGCGGUGCCGCCGCCCCAACAGGAAGAAAUGCGACAUCCUGAAGAAGGCCAAGAAGGUGGAGAAGUGACGGCUGGGCGCCCCCAGGGACUGUGCGUGCUCUCCGAGCGCACCAGGGGCGUCCGCAGACGCGCACCUUACGCGGCGGGGAGGGUCUCGCUCGGUUUGCACACGUGGACACCACGCAGCCGCAGGAGGGACAGAAGCUUCACGUUCGUGUCUCCUCCUCGCGACUUUGAGUCCCGUGUCCCCAGGGUGCGGCCAGAAUCCGGGGGAGCGGAGAGGCCUCGGGAGCCGGCCCUUCUCUCCUUGGCCGUGUCUCUCCAUCCACCGCCCCACCCUCUGCAACUCCAAAUGCAUAGUCAGCGACUCUCUUGUUCCACUUCCCACAUUUUACAUCUUCCAUUUUUAUCCAUUUUUUUAAUUAAAGAGAAACCCUUUUUAAGAAAAAAAAAUCAUUGGGCUCUUUGGGGGCCAUUUUACUUAAAAAAAAAACUAUCUUUUAAAUAUUUGAAACAAAGUACUGUAAGAUGCCUUCGGUUGCUGGGACUUUUUUUAAAGAUGGUUUCAGAUUUAUGAAAUUUUUAGAAAUGCCACGUUCCUGCAUGAUGGCUAAUAAUAGCUUCAGGUGGCAUAGAGACCAAUUUUACUGACCUUGUCUUUUACAUAUGACUUUGGAAGAAUCAAGAUGCCCCUCGGAUGGCAGUCGAGGGGAUGGAGAAGUGUGACCUCCUUUGCCUCGGUGGUUGCACCCUACCUUCCGCUGUGGUGCUGAGGAGGGGGCCUGCCCUUGCGACCUGGCCUGUUCCCAGUGGCCGUGUUGGUAGAAUGCUGUGCCCACUCUCUGUAGAUGAGAACACUGGAUGAUGAUGAUGAUAUGAAUGUAGGUAGACGUGGAAACACGUACGCAGUGUCAGUUUGAGCUGUGUCCUUCCACUGCCCCCUUCCCUCUCUCCACAAGGAUGCUCUUUGGAGGGGCAGACACAUUUCCUUGGAAAAGAGUGUGUGUGACUAUUUGGCUUCUUGUUUGAUUUAAGGAUGGGCCCCCUCUGGGCUCACCAAAGCUGUUUACUUUCCGUGUGUGUUUUUGUGCAACACCCGGGUUUUGGGAGCUGUCUGGUGGCUUCCCCCCACACCUCAAUGCAAGCCCCUCCUGUCAGUAGCGCAUCCUUGUUCCUCAGGGCAAGCCCAGGCCUCGGGCCCUCUUGGGGAUACCUGGCAUUGGAAGGUCACAGGUCGUUCAAAUGGGGCUCCCCCGUCCCCUCCCAGAGUCCACUCAGCUGUCACCUCAGACCCCCAGAAGCUCUGCUACCCUAUGUCUCUGGCCAGUCCCCUGGCCUCAGAGUAAGACAUAUCUUCUUUCCUCACUGGUUGGGAAGGUCACACCGCCAGUGGCAAAUUCUCCGAGACAUCAAUCAGGAAAUUCCCCAGAGGUAAAGUUCUGAAAAACGAUAUUCUUUUACCCACCUGACCUUGGGUUCCAAAGCCCUAAGAGGAAAGGGAAACAGUGUCACCCAAAUCAAAUACAUUAUACCAGAAACUUGGAAAAUGAACUUAAUCACAAAGGGUGGUCCCAAAACCCUUGUGGAACGUUGCAGAGUUAAUAAUCUAGUGGCUUAAUGUUUGCUACCUUAAGAUGCAGAAAUAAUAGAAACAAUCUGUGAAUUUUCUCUAUACAACUGAUAAGGACUUUAGUUCUGGUGGCUAUAUGACAUAAUUUUGCCUGUACCCAGAGGGCUUUUUUUUUUUAAAUGACAGGAUUUUGAGCAAUGUAAAGUUGCCAGUCUGAUUUUAGUAAAUUUGUUUUUAAAUGCCAUUUACAGAUUAUUUCUGUUGAAACUGCACACCCAAAUUAUUGAAAUUUAGAAAUGCACAGGGACAUAAUGACUCUCACAUACAGCCACACCCACGCACAUGUGCACACACAUUUCUUCUAUCUAAAAAACUUAAGUGGGAUGAAGGGGACCUACAUGAGCAAUGAGCUCAGCCUCUUUGUGCCUGGAAAGAAGGGACUAGAGCAGCCAGGAAACUCACUUUUUCCCCCUCACUUGGGCCUUUCUCUAUGCCUUAGUCUCUCCAACACACACACGCAUGUGCGUGCCCCUGCGCACGGCCUACCCAAAGAUGGCAGUGGCGCUCUCGCCCGCUGGCCCUGUGGGUUGGAGAGUGCCGUGGGAUUUGUCCUGGUCUCUAGGAUGUGUCCGAGAGGAUUCCAAGCCAUGUGAAAAUUGCCCUGCUUUCUAGAGGGUGGACUACGACCCUACAACUUCAGAAGCACAAUCAUUUUAUUAAUAAUAAGUCCUGUCUCCCCAUGUUAGAAAAACCAACACGUUCUAGGGAUGAGAUGUGUUUCUUCACAACCUAGAGCAUGUUCAGUUUUUGGAAACUGCGUUUUGGUGGUUUCCUUAAUACCUUUCCUGCAUAGGGCCUCCCCCCCCCCCGCCCUGCCCCCCACCACCGCACCCCCAAAUCUUAGAGUCCCUUUUAGUGAAGAGAGGUGGACACACUCUGGGAGUUGUUUCCUGUCCCUCCGGACUGUCUCAUCAGGAAGCACCUGCAGGUCCUGCGUCUGUCUGUAUGGCCUCCUCAGUUCUCUGGCCAUACCGGCGGGCCCCAGGGCAGUUUUUUACAUGAAGCAAUAGAAGUACAAAAUACUUACUUUUUCAAAAUUUAAUAUUUUCCGUAAAAUGUGUUGGUAAAUCCCUUCCCCUUCCCAUUCCAAAUUCUUCAUUUUUUUUUUUUUACUUGUUUUUUGUUUUUUCCCCCCGUGUAUCUGGAGGACUAAAGAAUUAGCACAGACACAUUCUGAUGUUAAGGAAAAUUAGCAAGUCACGGUAGCUGGUAGUGUCCCUCGUUCUCUCUGUUAGUAAGUUUAAAAGAAUGUAUGAAGGUAGUCAUGAAUGUACUAAGUGUUCUAAUCCUGCUUCAGUCCACUUGGGCUGUGUCUACAUGACCACAAACAUUUGACAGGGAAUAAAGUCGUGUCUAGUGUCAUGGGCGAUAGUGUGCCCCUCUCCCUUCGGUGUUGGCCCCAGAUCUUCCUUUCUUUUUAUGUUUGGGUUGGAGGGGUUACCACAUCUGCAGCAAUCAUCCACCAACCUAUGGGAUCUACUUAGUGGUGAAAGAAUUCGCUGUUUAAAUGGUAAGAGUCACUGGCCUGCCCACACCACAGCACGGCCACUUGGGUUCCUACAGAGAUGGCCUCGGUUUCCACCCCACCCCACCCCUGCACCCUGCAAUGUUGGCUUCUUGUCCAGUUGCAGUGGGGUCUCGAGACCCCUCAUGAGAUCUCGCACCCUGCCUGGCUGUGUGGGUAGGAGUGCGGAGUGGAGGUGGGGGCCCAGGGCCGUUCAUACCAUUUGGAAAUACUUGCCUCGUGUAGAUCCAGCCUUAAUGUUUUUCUGACAUCCUAGUGAAAGCAGACCCUGCACAAAGUGGAUAUCAGAGUUAAUACUGUGAGGAGACAAAAUAACGAGAAUAGUUUUACCAAAGAUAAUGAAAUACCGCAUAAUGUCUGCAUUUUACCAUUGAUUUGAGUGCGUCCUUAGAAAACUGAAUGUAACAAAAACCCAGGACAUUUUUGGAAAUUGUAUGCUCUCUAGCAAACUUUGUGUGAAUUUUUAUACAAGCACUGUUUUAUGAGUUAUAUAAAAUGUUAUAAAAAUAGAAAAAAUA